AACAUGAAGAUGAAGUACUUUCUUCUGCCAACUCAUUUUGCAUUUCUCUAUAGCUUUGCACUGAGUAAACCUGUCCAGAAAGCUACAAGAAACAGUGACUUAGGCAGUGAAAUAGCUGUGUAUGAAGGAGACAUCCUCCUGCGAAGAGGACGACGCAGUGCAAUUAACUGUGAGAGCUGUUUAUGGCCCAAAUCACAGGAUGGACUUGUCAAGGUCCCAGUUAACAUCUCUUCUGAUUUCUCCAUGACAGAGAGGUCUUGGAUUGCUGAUGCUCUGCAAGAGAUCUCCACGCUGACCUGUGUGCAGUUUGUAAACCGCACUACAGAAAAGGACUAUGUGUAUGUUGAACGUGGGCAGAGCUGCUGGUCCUACUUUGGGAAAAUUGGAGGACGUCAAGCAGUGGGCCUGGUGAAAAAUGGGUGCAUGGAUAAAGGAGCAAUUCAGCAUGAAAUGAACCAUGCAUUGGGUUUCAUCCAUGAACAGGCACGGAGUGAUCGGGACAGGUUUGUCAAGAUUAUGUGGGAACACAUUGUGGCAGGGGAACAAGGGAACUUUGGAAAAGUGAAUUCCAAAAAUCUGGGCCUUCCCUAUGACUACUCUUCAGUGAUGCACUACGGCGCGUAUGAUUUCUCCAGCACUCCAGGGAAACAAACUAUUGUACCAGUUCCUGACCCCUCUAUACCCAUUGGGCAGAGAGAAGGGCUGAGUAAUUUGGAUGUAGCUAAAAUCAACAGGCUCUACAAGUGCAAUUGCUGUAGCUCUGUGUUGUCUAAAUCCAAAGGCUUGUUCUCCUCUGUCAAUUACCCAUCCCCAUACCCGAACAAUAGCAACUGCCUCUGGUUGAUCCGCGUGCGUCGAAGUAAGAUUUUCCUGCAGUUUGAGGCUUUCGAUCUCCAGCCCUCCUCAGACUGUUCUUCUGACUAUAUAAGAGUUUACAAUGGAAACAGCAAGAAUUCUCCUGUCUUGCUGGACAGAUACUGUGGGAAGGGCCCACUGCCCUCCUUAGUGGCAUCUGGAUCGACAAUGCUGGUAGAGUUUGCAAGUGAUGAGAGCAUUACAGCCACAGGAUUCAGAGCCUCCUACAACAGGGUGAAUUGUGGAGAUACUUUCACAGACUCAAAUGGAAUCAUCACCUCUCCAAACUACCCCAAUACAUACCCCAAAAAUCGAGCAUGCUUCUGGGUCAUCAGUUCUCCAGUAGGAUACAAGAUAUCUCUCAAAAUGUUAUCCUUUGAGCUGGAAGAUAGUGACAGAUGCAUUUAUGACUACUUGCUUAUACAUGAUGGAAGCCGACCUACAUCACCUGCAGUUGGCCCUUAUUGUGGGACAGAGAAGGUUGCAGACUUUACUUCCACUGGGAACUUCGUGCUGGUUGAAUUUCACAGUGAUAUAGUUUGGGAGCUGCCCGGAUUUGUAAUCAGUUAUACAUUUGGCAGGUAGUACAAUACAAAUAGGAGUUGGAAAACACAGAAUGGAAGUAAGAGAGCAGCUAGCAACAGGUGAAAGUCAAGAUGCCACUAAUAUCAGCAAUAAAUACGGCUCCCUGAUACCUUUGAAAAGCUUGAAGCUUCAUCUCUUAGUCUUCUGUCUACAGUGGUGUAAUUUGCAUGGGGAAUUAUGGACAAAAGUGUUCCUGUCUGUGGGAUGUCUGAGACUGGAAGCUUUUUGUUAUACUAUUUCCAUUGCUAGUGUUGCACGGUGAAAUACAACAGCAGAACUGAAACUAUGUAAGCAGAUUUUCAAGACUUUCUAGUGAUAGAAACUGUACCCAUAAAACAAUUCAGAAUACAGCUAUGUAGUACCUCUAACCUGUAUUGUGACAAAUGUUACUACCCACCUCUAAUGUGUAUUCUAGUAUGCUUGCAGAAAAACCUUCAGACACAUGCUUAUGCUUUGAAGCCAAGCUCAGUUAUACAGUUUGUAUAGGCCUUAGCUUAGCCUAGAAAUCACCACUUUACACUAAAGGCUGUCUGUAACAGCACCUCAACUCAAAGAACUGCACUAUUCCUCUGUGAGAUAAGCCAGGUCAGGGAACAGAUUUAACCAAAGAAACAUCUAAGAGUGGCAGGAAGUAGACGUGAAGGAGAGGGAAAGGAUCGAAGGACCUAUUGCUGACAAUUUGUUGUAGUCUGACUCAGGUAUUGAAAUUGUCCAUAGAGUAUUACUAAAUAUUAAAAAGGAGGCCUGAAAAUCUAAUGUGAAGUCCCAUGGAGCAAAUAACUUUUGAGAACACUUUAGAUGUGAAGUGCCUUGUCUGUAGAGAGAAAUCUGCCUCUGAGAUGUCUGAAGAGAAAAAAACCUGUAGACAGUCAACACUUUGCCUUGACUUGAUGUACUCACAACUAAAUGUCAACAUGAAACUGGAAGAUGCCAAAGUGUAAUAAAUAAAAGUUCUUGCUGAAAUUA